AGAAAAUUUUCCCUUGCCCAGAGGGAGGCUCUGGGCCUGAGGCAGGGCAGGAGCACUAUAAAAGGCAGCCCAGCUCCCUGCUCUCUCAUCCACUUCUCUCCCUUCCUCUCCUUGGCAACCAGGUGCACCUCCAGCCCCAAGCCAUGUCCUGCUGCAACCCGUGCCAGCCCUGCCAGCCCUGCGGCCCGUGCCCGCUGGCCAGCAGCUGCAAUGAGUGCUGCGUCCGGCAGUGCCAGGACUCCGUUGUGGUCAUCGAGCCCUCUCCCGUGGUGGUGACCCUGCCCGGACCCAUCCUCAGCUCCUUCCCUCAGAACACCGCCGUGGGCUCCUCCACCUCCGCUGCUGUGGGCAGCAUCCUCAGCUCUAACGGAGUGCCCAUCUCCUCCGGGGGCCUUGACCUCUCCUGCAUCACCAGCGGCUACUGUGGCACCAGAUGUCGGCCCUGCUAAAUAUGCUGGCAACCUCUCUGGACAAGAACCUCUGAAGACCUCACCACUUGGUUCUGGACAGGAGAUCGAGCUUAGAGGCAUUGUCUUUAGCGCUUUGAGCCAUUGUUUCAUUCUUCCACUCUUUUCUCUCUUUUUACUUUGCUCUUGCCUUGUCCCAAUGCCAGCGUAGUGCGGACCUGUUUGCCUUCGUCCCUCAGCAGGGAGGGCAGAAUGACACCCUGCAGGAGCUCCACCACAUCACGGUGACUGCCCGUGGUGCUCCAUGGGAGCCAUCUCCUUUUCUUCUUUAGACUCAUUAAAGUUUUGCUGCAUCCAUA